UGGUACGCGUUACGUGAUUUCCCCUUGUAUAGUUGUAUCCCUGUGCUCUGCGUGGGCGUACCCCGGAAGAUCUUGGUUGGGGAGACUGGAGAAAUGAGACUGCGAGGUCUUUAUUGGAAUCCAUGACAGAUAUCCGGACGAUGACGAAUUUCUUCAUCUUAAACUUCCCCCCAAUUCUCAAUUUGUAUUUCUCAAUUUACACUUUCUCCAUCUAUUUUCAUUUUGAUUUUAAUGGAACCUCGAAGCUCAAGUUCUAAGGAUUCCCGCCUGAAAGUGAUUCAAUGGGAAGAUUUUGAACAAGAACUCGGCAGGCUAUCCAGUCUUUCUUCUGCUCUCCAACAUGCUCAACACAACAAACGAGCUAUUCAACGUCAACUUCAAACCCUAAUUCAGGUAAAAUCUGAGUCUUUGAGUCGGAAGAAUGAACUUGAUGAGAUUUCUGAAAGAGUGGAAGAUAGGAAGCUGGUUAUGGGGAACAUAUUGAUGCAAGCUAAGGUGGUAGAAGAACAUGCUAAAACCAAAGAGGAGCAUCUUGGCACUGAAAUUAAGUCUUUACUUGUGUCUGGUAUAUCUCUUACAGUUGCGCGGAAAAGACUGCAGGAAUCAGGUAGAUUACUUGCUGGAGAUGAGGGUCUUGCUCAACUAAGUAGUUUGCAGAAGAUGCUUAGAGUGAGACAACAACACUUGGUUUCUCAAGUUGCAUAUCUUUAUCCAAUAAAGACAGUGAUUGGUGCAACUCAAGAGCUUGAACUUGAUUCAUUUCCGGGUGGAAGCAGACUAGGGAGUCCCGAUGAUACUCUAGAUGAGAACCAAUCAAGAAACCAAGGAACCUUGACUAUUUCAGGCGUGCAAUUGAAUAUGCUUCCUUUUACCCAGUUGACUUUCUUCACUGAUAAGAAGCAGAUUCAGAGGUCGACGAGUGCUCUAGGAUGUGUUGCGCAUGUUAUCUCACUCAUAGCUUCGUAUCUACAUGUACCUUUGCGUUAUCCUUUGCGUCUGGGUGGUUCUCAUUCAUAUAUCAAAGACUGUGCUCCGUAUGUUGAUCUAGCAUCCGCAGGAUCCUCUUCCACUGCCUUGGCCUCUGCAAAUAAGAAGUGUUUGGAAUUUCCACUAUUUUUAGAUGGGCAGGAUGCAACCAGGGCAGCAUAUGCUAUCUUUCUAUUAAACAAGGACAUAGAACAGCUGUUGAAUUAUAUAGGGAUUAAAAGCUUGGGGCCUCGACAUGUAUUGGCUAAUCUGAAGGAGCUGUAUAAAAUCAUACUCUCGGCAGACUUCAUAGAAAGUGAAUAAUACCAGGACUUUGAAUUCUUGUAAGCUAGUUAUAGUUUUUGUAAAUGGUUUUAUGAUUUUAUUCUCACAAUUGGUGCCUUUUCUUUUUCCCACGUGAUGAAAACUCAAACAUCGAGAUGGAGAUGUGUAUUCUUUGUGAAGCCAGCGUAGAUUAGUUUCUGAGUUCUGGUGGUGUAUUAAUUCUGUAUACAAGUGAGUAUUUCCCAAGCAUAGGCAGAAGAAUAGAGUAGUAUUUUGAUGACAACUAACAGAGAAAUGAAUCCUAUCAAUUGUAAGACUAUGGAUUACUCAUUUACACAUACUACAAGUGAACUUUUGUUAUGCAAAUUGUUUUGAUAUUCAUUGCUGGA